GCUGGCUGUGUGGAAGUCCCUUUCCUCCUCCCGCCAAUUAACUUGAAAAUCAAAAUCAAAAGUGAUGAUCUUGGCAUUUAAAAAUUGAUAUAUAAAAAGAUUACCUGUGAUUUUCCCAGUAUCUGACGUCGUCAGGGUCUCGUUAUUUAACCAAGUGUGAUUUCUCAUGUGAUUUUUGUAUGUGAUUUACUUGUGAUUGGGGACCCGGGAAAGGGUCUUUACGCCUAUGGGAAGUUUGAUCCAAUAUGUCGUAAGUUCGCAAACCGUGAAGUGAUAAGUGUCUUUCAUGUAGGCUAUCUGGGUCUUUCAAUCAUCCGGAUUUUUCGUUGGUCCAAAUCUCUCAUUAAUCCGGAUUUUAUAUGAAACCAGACCUUCCGCUAAAAUAUGGACCUUUGAAGAGAAGUGCAUGUAUAGGUUAGAACGGCUGUAAUAUCUACUUCCAUUAGGAGAAUAUACCGCCCCUCGUGUUUUCGCCAUGUCGGUCGUGAAAAUCAUCCAGUUAUGAGUGAAAACAGUUACGGUGGUGGAGUGGCUGGUGGGGGAGGAUAUGGAGGAGGAGGAGGAGGUGGAGGGGACUCGUCCUCGACCGAACGUUCCUCGCACAACUCCUCCACCUUCCUCCUCAGCGACUCCAACCGCUCCCACGCCCGCUCCGGGAUCGUCGGCCCUCCUCAGGCCUCGGCGCAAGCGGCAGCGCCCCAAGUGACGAGCUGGAGAACUACACCCAUACUGGAGGCCCUGACGAGGCCGGCGCAGCUCCGGAGCCCGACGCUGGCCGCGCGGAGGCUCACGCGCUGGAAGAGGAUCGCCUCCGACGACAUGGAGAAGGUCAUGAUGGAGGAGAAGGACGACGUGGGCGGGAGCCAGCCUGAGGGCGUGGCGGAGAGCAGCACCUUCGACGGAGAGGACGCCGACACGGAGGAGACUCCCGGGGACAGCACGGACAGCGGACUCCUCGGGGGCGUUCCUGCCAAGGACAGAGGGUCGGGGGUGCCUCCGCUCUCCGAUUCGGAGGACGAUUCCGCCCGCGUCCUCAUUCCCCCUCAGGAGGCUUACAGGGUACGAGUGGAGUAUUACGUGAACGAAAACACCUUCAAAGAGCGAUUGCAUCUCUACUUCGUAAAAAACCAGCGUUCAAGUCUCCGUAUCCGCAUAUUUAACCUCCUCAUCAAAACUAUUCCCUGUGUCCUCUAUAUCGUCAGAGUCUUCAUCGACGAUGACCCAAUUCGUGCCUCAUGCUAUGACUGUGAACCCGACAACCAGACCAUCAGUUUCUUCUUGUUCUACGGCAACAAGACAGAUGAACAGUUCCAGGAAAAUCCCCAGAUCAACUGGCAGGCUGUCUUGUGGGUCAACAGGACCAUGCCCCUGUGGGCCAUACAGGUGGCCGUGGCCAUCGUCUCGCUCUCGGAGGCCCUACUCCUAGCAUAUCUCAGUUAUAAGGUGAGGGAAAAUAUUUGGCAGACUUUGAGAUCUUUUCCACUUUCUCUUAGAAUUAGUCAACACUAUCCAUUUAUAUUAACAAUAUGUUGGUCUCCGCUGAGGAACCUCUUCGUCCCUGUCUUCUUAAAUUGCUGGUUGGCGAAGCAUGCCCUCGAGAAUAUGUUCAACGACCUCCACAGGGCGAUGCAACGCUCUCAAUCAGCGCUGAGUCAGCAACUCAUGAUAUUGUCAGCUACCUUCAUGUGUCUGGUGUUUACGAGCGUGUGUGGCAUCCAGCACUUCCAGCGAGCGGGGCAUCGCCACCUGAACCUCUUCCAGGCCGUUUAUUACGUCAUCGUGACCUUUUCCACGGUUGGGUAUGGGGACAUCGUGCCCGACAUAUGGCCCUCCCAGCUCUUCAUGAUCAUCAUGAUCUGCGUGGCACUCAUCGUCCUGCCCACGCAGUUCGAGCAGCUAGCCUUCACGUGGAUGGAGAGGAAGAAAUUGGGCGGGACCUACUCCGCCCACAGGGCGCAGAGCGAGAGACACGUGGUGGUGUGUUCGACGAACCUGCAGGCGGACACCAUCAUGGAUUUCCUGAAUGAGUUCUACGCUCAUCCGCAUUUGCAGGAUUACUUCGUCGUCUUGUUAUCCCCGAUGGAGCUGGAUCCCACCAUGAAGAUGAUCCUGCAGGUGCCCAUGUGGGCGCAGAGGGUCAUCUACAUCCAGGGCUCCUGCCUGAAGGACGGUGACCUCACGCGAGCGAGGAUGAGCGAGGCUGAGGCUUGUUUCAUCCUGGCGGCCAGACACUACGCAGAUAAGACGGCUGCUGACGAACACACCAUCCUGAGAUCCUGGGCCGUCAAGGACUUCGCCCCCAACGUGCCCCAGUACGUGCAGGUGUUCAGACCCGAGAACAAGCUGCACGUGAAGUUUGCCGAGCACGUCGUCUGUGAGGACGAGUUCAAGUACGCCCUACUGGCAAACAACUGCAUGAGCCCGGGCAUCUCGACCCUUGUGACUCUGCUACUGCACACGUCCAGAGGGCAGGAGGGCCAGACAUCGCAAGAGGACUGGCACAGACUGUACGGCAAGUGCUCCGGCAAUGAAAUCUACCACAUCAAGCUUGGGGACUCGAGGUUCUUCGGGGAAUAUGAAGGCAAAAGUUUUACUUAUGCCAGCUUCCAUUCACACAGAAAGUAUGGCGUGGCCCUUGUGGGAGUGCGGCCUGCCGAGCUUCCAGAAUUUUACGAGGACACCAUCUUGCUCAACCCUGGACCCAGACACAUCAUGAAGAAAACAGACAUUUGCUUCUACAUGAGCAUCACCAAAGAAGAGAACAGUGCCUUUGUUGUUGGGACCAACACUGGUCCCAGCAGCAGCAGUAGUCAGGAAGGGAGAGUGGACGAGAGAGACACGGCGUCGAAGGACGUGGAAAAGGGGGUGAAUGCGGAGGAGAGGGAGGAGAGACCCAAACCGCGAUCAGGCCGAAGAUGUGUCCUGCUGAAGUUACGACGCAACGUAUCUGUCAACGAGCUCCAGAAGAAGCUGGAGGAGGAGGUGGAUCGGAGGAGAGAGAGAUGGGAGGAAGAACAAGGGAGACACAUAUCGGGGGAGGAAGUGCUUAUGACCUCCACCAGAAGAAAUCUCGCGCUUCAGGAAGGAGGAGUGGGAGGAAUUGGAGGAAUUGGAGGAGGUGGAGGAGGAGGAGGUGUUGGAGGAAUAUUAGGAGGGGAGGCAUCAGUGGAUUUAAGGAAAGGCCAUCCCAGACACAAGUUGGAGAGAGAAGACACCACCAAGUCGAACAGUCCGUCCCUGAGUGGAGGCAAUUUCCUCGAUGUGCCCCGGUCGGACACACUCAUGAGUGUAUCUGACAAGCGACCAGAUAAUCGCAGGCCAUCCAUUUUGCCUGUGCCUGACAUGUUCACGGGGUCAACACUCAACAUCUGUGGCCAAGAGAGAAGUAGCGAAGAAGCGUCCGGUGAAAGUGAGGACGAGGUGGAUGACGUGCCCUGGAGAUCCCCUUCAGAAAUGAUUGCGAUCGUAAAAGGAUUCCCUCCCGUUUCCCCCUACAUAGGAGUCAGUCCUACGCUGUGUUAUCUUCUUAAGGAAAAGAAGCCCCUUUGCUGCCUUCAGUUAGCCCAGGUUUGUGAACACUGCACUUACAGAAGUGCCAAGGAGUAUAACUGGCAAAACAGAGCAGUCAUAUUGGCAGCUGACUUUGCCAGCAAUGGUAUUUACAACUUUGUCAUUCCACUCAGAGCUCAUUUUAGACAAAAGACAUCACUGAACCCCAUCAUAUUGUUGCUGGAGAGACGACCAGACGUGGCAUUUCUAGACGCCAUCUCGUGGUUUCCUCUUAUAUACUGGAUGUUAGGCUCUAUUGACUGUCUAGACGACUUGCUACGAGCGGGGAUCAACCUGGCAGAGAAUGUAGUUGUGGUCAACAAAGAGCUUAACAAUUCUGCUGAAGAAGACACUCUCUCUGACUGUAAUACAAUUGUCGCCGUCCAAACUAUGUUCAAGUUCUUCCCAAACAUAAAGAUCAUCACAGAGCUGUCGCAGUCGUCCAACAUGCGCUUCAUGCAGUUCCGGGCACGGGACACCUAUGCCCUCCACCUGUCUAAGAUGGAAAAGGUACAAGUCUCCCCACAUGACCAUAUUGCUGGACCUGAGCGGAAUAACGAGUCAAUCUCACCGGGUAAGCAGCCUCAGGGCCAGGGUGGCCGGCCUUCAUCACGCAGGUCCAGGUCGCGUUCCUUCCGGCGGCGUCCUCAGCCGCAGCGACCCAUAUACUACUCAGAAGUCAUUAAUCAGCUGGAGCGGAGGGAGAAGGAGAGAGGAUCCCACAUCUCCUACAUGUUUCGUCUGCCCUUCGCUGCAGGCAGCGUUUUCUCGGCCAGUAUGCUAGACACGUUGCUGUACCAAGCCUUUGUCAAGGACUACCUCAUCACCUUCGUCAGGCUGCUCCUUGGAGUUGACCAGGCCCCUGGCUCGGGGUUUCUGACGUCCAUGAAGAUCAGCAAGCAAGACUUGUGGAUCAGGACGUACGGUCGCCUCUACCAGAAGCUGUGUUCGACGACCUGUGAAAUUCCCAUCGGCAUGUACAGGACGAUAGACACCAGCAAUAUGGAGCCUGGUAACAAUGAUGGAGACGCCUCGGGCAUUGGCCAUUCCUAUUCUCACUUGUACGACACCACUUCUUGUUUCUUAUGCCAGAGCAACAAGAACUCUAUGUUCUCCCUCAACAUUUCGGAUGACCCCAAGGAGGGCCACAGCAACCUGAUCGAGAGGGCGGAGAUCGCUCAACUGGUCAGGUCGCGGAUGCAGAGUCUGGCCUUACCUCCAGAAGAUUACGACGACGUGUCCGAGAAGCGAAACUCCCUGUCGUUUGUCAUCAUCAAUCCCUCUUGUGACCUGAAACUGGAAGAAGGUGACAUAGUUUAUCUCAUCCGGCCUAGUCCGUUUUCGGCGCAGAAGACCUUCGAAAGGCACAAUUCGCGCCGAAAGUCCAACAUCUCUCUCUGUGAUACGAGAAGGCGGAGCACCACGUUCACGAGGCCGCCGCCUCUCACAUCAGCUCCCAAAUCAAACUCCCUCAGCCUUCCCGACAGCCCGCAGAUAUCCCCAGGGCCUAUCCUGGGUUCCCCUGUAGAUUCCCUUCACGUCCCCGUGUCCCCUCCAACAGGAUAUGUCCGUGGGCGAUCCAACUCCCUCCGAGUCGAUGACAUCCUCAUGAGACGAUCCAACUCCCUGAGGUUUGGUCUUGAGGCGACGAGAAAGAUUAAUAGUUUCGAGGAGUUGGGCAUCAACCCCAUCACACCACUCACCAGGGACGAGAGGACGGGCUCCAUCAAAAUCCCCAUCAAUGGUUCUAUUGGGGUUGAGGUGACGCCCCCAGAGGAAUGCGGUUCUGAGGCCUCCGUACCUUCCAUCCAGCUGCAAGGUACCAUCGUCUGACCCCCGCCUUCCCCGCGGCCCGCCCGCGUCUGGUUCCACAUGAGAGGCGCCCGCGGCGUGGCGGCGACACGCGCAGCAACACGCGCAGCUCGCUCCCCACGUCUCUGACGGCCAGCGACCUCCCCCGGGGGCUGCAGGCCGUCCCUGGGCCUUGUGCCCUGGCCGCAGUCUCUGCAGUAGGAAAGGGGAGGUCGUUAAAUCCUCGUCAAGGACAGAAAGGACUUGAGGACUUUUAUAUUUUUGAAUCGUUGCAUGAGACUUCUUUUGGGGGGAGAGGAUGUUUGGGAGAUUUGGUUGGUUCUUGGCCCCAUGAGCUGAGUUAUCCUUCUCUCUCCUUAUAAAAAGAUUAUAAUUAUAACUAUGAUUAUAAUUAUAGUGAUGCCAUAAGUGCUUGGUUUAGUGUGCAAGUGGUUUUAUUAUUAUUAUUAUUAUUAUUAUUAUUAUUAUUAUUAUUAUUAUUAUUAUUAGUUACGCAUCCAGUUGGGUUGGAUGCCCCGUGAACUUUGGUACAAACGGUGAUGAUGAUGAUAAUGCUGAUCGUAGUGAAUAUUUAAAAUAAAAAAUAAAAUAUUACAAUUGUGAUUCAUACUGUAUUAAGGACAAAUUCUUUUCAAACCCUUUUUUAAAAAAAUAAGUGAUUUUUUAAAGUUGUAAGUCUUAAGAAACACACAAAAUGGCUUAAAGAUGGACGAACUUAGAAGUUUAAAGACGUGAGAAAUAAUAAAUUACAUAAAAAAGGAUGACAAUAAUUGUUUCCUUUUUUGGGACCUUUUAACAGUAUAGUGGCUUCCCUUCCAUGAAGGGUUUGUUUGUGCUCCACACACACACAAAAGAAAAAAAAAAAAAAAAAAAAAAAAAGACAUAUUUAGGAAUCAUUCCAGUGUAGAGAGACGGUGACAACAGCGAAAUAAGGUUAUAGGAGGUUCUGUGGUGAAUCUCCUUGCCCUUGUGACCUCUCGUGACCCCAUGAGUGACCUAAGGGAAUUGGCAGAUUUACGAAUCUGCCCACUAGUCUAAAUAUAUCCUGGAAGCAUUGCUCUCUCAUUCCCAGUCAUGCCUACUGGAUUAGAAACAGAAGGAUCAAUUUGUAAUCUGGAAUUCUGAUGCAUUGGCAUUCCAGCCAAUUCUGGAAUACCUGUCUCGAGUUCCAGCCAGUUUCCAGGGGACAUUUUCUGGGUCCUUCAAGCAAAAACAUUGUUGUGUUUUGUAGCCAUUUUUUCCACUCCAUACCCCCAUCUCAAUUCAUUCUGAGACUGUUGGAACAUUAACGACCGCAUCCGUGCUACAAAGCGUUGUACUCAUUGAUUUUUAGAUAUUUUUCAUAAUUCUAACGACUAUUUGUGACAUUUUCCAAGUUUUAUCUUCUAUAUAUACAUAUAUAAAUAUUAUACAUAACAUAUAAAUAUAUAAAUAUAUAUUUAUCAUUAUCUCGGGUGCGAGUUGCUGUACAGGAGUGCUGGUGUAAAACUCUUUGUGAUAACUCUGGAGGUGUUGUGUUGUGUACAGAACGUUGUCAAAGGGAACUGAGCAAAGAAAGCUGAGCAUAAUCCUGCAUAUUAUUUAUUUUAAUAUUAAAUAGUUGAUGAUUAAAUGCAUAGCACGUAUUAGCCCUAAGGUUUAAACAAAAAGUAAAAAAAGCUCGACAUUCUGUGAAGCCUGAAGUUUUAUGUCUCCGGUAUUCAGAGACGAAAUACACAACUUGACAGUU